UAUUCGAAAGUCUUUAGUCUGUGUACUUACUGUAGCGAACGCGACAUAGAACGGGAUUAAAAAGCUUUUUGGUUAAAACAUUGCAGAAGAUAAACGUUUUUAAUAAAUUGCUAAAAUUGUUGAUGAUACUUAUUAGAACAACAUUGUCGAAAUAAAACCAAUACAGAAAAGAAGUAACUAGCACCAUGGCAGUAAAUGUGUACUCAACCAAUGUAACAUCGGAAAAUUUAUCGCGUCAUGAUAUGUUGGCGUGGGUGAAUGAUGCUCUGCAGUCGAAUUUUUGCAAAAUCGAGGAACUUUGUACUGGGGCUGCAUAUUGCCAAUUUAUGGAUAUGUUAUUUCCUGGCAGUGUACCUAUGAAACGCAUUAAGUUUAAGACUAACUUAGAACAUGAAUAUAUACAGAACUUUAAAAUAUUGCAAGCAGCUUUCAAAAAAAUGUCUGUUGACAAGGUAAUCCCAGUGGAUAAGCUGAUUAAGGGGAGAUUUCAAGACAAUUUUGAGUUUUUACAGUGGUUUAAAAAGUUUUUUGAUGCUAAUUAUGAUGGAAGAGAAUAUGAUGCGUUUGAAGCUCGUGGCGGGAUAACGAUUGGGUCAGGAGCAUGUGAUAGUGGCCUUCCACUCUGUAGUGCUGCGCCACCACCGCGCACUCGCAGAGUGGCUCCUCCGCACCAAUCGGGCAUUGUGAAAGCAAACAACACUGCAAUCCGAUCGCCUCCAUCCAAUUUAAGGCUAAAUCAAAAUGCAAAGGGGGACUCCAGGGUUAUUGAAGAACUGAAUCUUCAGGUAAAUGAGUUGAAAGCAUCAUUGGAAGGUCUUGAGAAAGAGAGAGAUUUUUACUUUGGUAAGCUGAGGGAAGUUGAAUUAAUUUGUCAAGAAAUGGCAGGACAACCAAAUGUUGAUCUCGUAAAGCAAAUUUUGGAUAUUUUAUAUGCAACUGAGGACGGAUUUGCACCACCAGAGGACUUGGAUGGUGACAACCCUCACCCACCAGAGGAGGAUGAGUAUUGAUGGAGGAGUUCAUCCGUGCUCACUGUACAUUAAAUAUAUCAAAAUUUAAUAGCUUCACUAUCGACAGCACUCUGUGCUUAGUAUUUCACAGCCAAUAAGUCGUAACCCUUAGGACUUUGCGAAUCGAUGUGUUACAUUUAUGUAUGUGUAAAGGAUUUAAAUAAUUAAGAACCUAAUUCAUGAAACUUAGAUUUAUUUCUGUUUUAACUAAACUCAAUCAGCCUCUGCAUAAUAACUUAAGCACAAUUUCACAAUGAACAAAUGUUUAGUUAAACAGCGAAAAUUUAGUUUUUAUAUGUUACCAGUUGCCAGAGACAAAGAAUUAAUUGACAUAAAGGAGUCAUACUUAGCGCAAUUUCCAUUCUGAAUCAUCAAGCAUAGUAAAUAACAAAAUAGUUUGAUUAAAAUAACUGUCAACUAAACCAUUACCAAUUUUUUUGACCUUGAAGCUUAAUCUAAGUACUACAGUUUCUUGAACCGUAUUUAGGCGUCAGUUUAAUUAUAUUCGUAUAAUUUUAAUUAUAUAUAACCGUUUCAUGAUAACAGUACUACGUGAGAAUUAGGACUGAAGACUUAACAUAAAUUAUUCCUUUUAACUGGUUUUUAAUUAUUACAUAAUAUAAAUGUAACAUCUCACAAGGAAAUAUAUUAUAUUAGAAUAAUGGUAAAGCAGUGGCCCAAAAUGGCUAAUAAAGUUCCUAUUCACAAUUCCUUAUAUUACUACUCAAUACAAAUAGUUGAAAAUUCAAUAAUCUAUAAUACUGUUAUGGCUGUGGUAACUAAGUGCGGAUUUUAUUGAGCCUCUAUUUUUUAAUGACUUUUCGGUUUAAUGACGUCACCCUCUAGGUCUUAGCUUUCGCGUAUAAAGUGACAAUCGGAUAUCUAAUGCCGAUGCUGUGGUAUAGAAAAUUGUCUACAGUAUUUAAACAACUUUGUAAAUACUCAUCAUGGAGAAGUGAAAUUAUUUUUUAAAUCAUAUUUACUAUUUAAUUUUUGAAUGCAAUUGUCAUGUACCCUCAUUUCCUACAUAAUACUAAUAAGGUGUGCUCGACAAAUUUAGACCUGAACAAGUUGUGUCAUAAUUACUAGUUUUGCAUAUAACACGACGAACGUAAUACUCGUCAUAAUUAAGACAAUUUGGUAAGUGCAAUGAGUUUUUUUUUAUCACUACCUUCAUUUUGAACUAAAAGUAACCACCUGCUGCUAAAGGAUCUGAUAUGGUGCAGAUGACUGGUAUUCAUUUUUGGGCCACUGGCUGUAAAAACGUGCAUUUAAUAGGUUGUUAUGAUAUGGAAGAGAUUUAAUGUUAAUUGUUACAUUGGUUCGGCUGAAUGUACUUGGUAACUUCAUAAAUUAAUAUGUAUUUUAUUGGGAUUUAUUAAUUGGUUGCCUGUUCAAAUAAACUUAUAUGGGAAGCUUAUACUACAGAACUAUGUUUAUUAAACAAUUAUAUAUGUUUACCCAUUAAAAUAAGAACGGAAAUUAAAUGCAACUAUUUUAUUAAGUAAAUUUAUUUGGAUAUUGGUUAAUGAAAAAAAGUAAUUGAUCUAGAUCUGAAUAAUUAGAAUUGAGAUAAACGUAUUAAUAGAACGUUGUGAUGGAAUUAAUAAUCGAAAUUAGUUUAUAAAGUUAGGGCCUUAUUUAUCAUAUAGACGUCUGAAGUUUGCACCAAGAUUAACGAUAAAAUUAUAAUUUAAUCGUCUAAAUAAUUUUGUUGUGAUGUUUAUAACAUAAAGUACCAAACGACUUGUUGGCGAUUUUUUUUGCAUAUGACAACUUUUUAAAAUAUUAAUUUGUAUUACUGUAUGCCAACUGGGACUUGACAUUGUGAAAUCCUUUAAAAUAAAAUUACUUCAUUUAAAUAA